AUGUUUGCUGUUGCUUUUUUCCUCUUGUCUUUGAUGACUUGUCAGCCUGGGAUAGCCAUACAGGAGAAGGUGAACUGGAGAGUCAGUCGGGCUGUUCAGAGUUCUACUCCCACAGCUGUUUCCUGCCAGCUGGGCAACUGGGGAGAGUGGACAGAUUGCUUUCCAUGCCAGGAGAAAAAGUACAGAUACCGGAGCCUCCUGCAGCCAAACAAGUUCGGGGGAACCAUCUGCAGUGGGACUGUCUGGGACCAAGCCAGCUGUCACAGUCCCACAGCUUGUGUGAAGCAAGCACAGUGUGGACAGGAUUUCCAGUGUAAGGAGACAGGUCGCUGCCUGAAACGCCACCUGGUGUGUAAUGGAGACAAGGACUGCCUGGAUGGCUCUGAUGAGGACAACUGUGAAGAUGUCAGCGUCUUGGAAGAUGACUGCAGCCAGUAUGACCCGAUUCCAGGAUCAGAGAGGGUGACCUCGGGGUAUAAUUUCCUGACCCAGAAAGAAGCUCAGAGCGUAUACGAUGUCAGGUAUUAUGGGGGCCAGUGUGAGACCGUAUACAACGGGGAAUGGAGAGAGCUUCGGUACGACUCCACCUGUGAGCGUCUCUACUAUGGAGAUGACGAGAAGUACUUCCGGAAACCCUACAAUUUCCUGAAGUACCACUUUGAAGCCCUGGCAGAUACUACAAUCUCCUCAGAGUCGUACGAUGAUGCAAAUGACCUUUUUUCUAAAGUAAAAAAUGACAAGUCUGUGUCGGCUGGAGUGACCAUUGGUGUGGGCCUUGCAGGCAGCCCAUUUACUGCGACUGCAGGUGUAUCUGGGUCACGAGACAGUUCGUUCUUGAAUAAGUUAAGCAAGUACAAUCAGAAGAAAUAUGGCUUCAUCAGAAUUUUCACAAAGGUGCAGACUGCUCAUUUUAAGAUGAGGAGGGAGAAUAUCAUGUUGGAUGAAGUUAUGCUGCAGUCAUUAAUGGAGCUUCCAGAGCAGUACAAUUACGGCAUGUACGCCAAGUUCAUCGAUGACUACGGCACCCAUUACAUAACGUCUGGAACGAUGGGUGGCAUUUAUGAAUAUAUCCUGGUGCUUAACAAAGAAAGAAUGGAAACAGCUGGUGUUACCAGCAAUGAUAUCAAGACAUGCUUUGGAAGCUCUUUUGGCAUCGACUAUGAUUUUACAGAUACAACACAAAUUGGAGGACGUUUAUCAGGAGAAAUUUGUAAAAAAUUUGGAGGUGGCAAAAUGGUCGGUGACGCGAAGACAGUGGGCGUGGAAGACAUCAUUUCUCUGGUGCAAGGUGGCAGCUCUGGCUGGGGAGGUGGCUUGACACAAGACAGGAGCAUCGUUACAUACCAUUUCUGGGGGAGGUCAUUAAAGUAUAAUCCUGCUGUUAUUGAUUUUGAGUUGCAGCCCAUCCAUGAGAUACUGCGGCACACGAACCUGGGGCCUCUGGAGACCAAGCGCCAGAACCUGCGGCGAGCCUUGGACCAGUACCUGAUGGAAUUCAAUGCCUGCCGCUGUGGGCCCUGCUUCAACAAUGGGAAGCCCAUCCUCGAUGGUACCAGCUGCACAUGUCAGUGCCCCCUGGGUCGCCAUGGCCUUGCCUGUGAGCAAAUGGAGGCAGAGGGAGCCAAGGCGGACGGUCACUGGGGCUGCUGGAGCUCAUGGUCUGCUUGCAAAUCGGGCAGCCGGGAAAGGAGGAGAGAGUGUAACAAUCCUGCACCCCAGAACGGAGGCACCUCGUGUCCGGGCCACAGAGUGCAAACCCAGGCAUGCUGAGGGCUCUGGGCCCAGGCUGCAGCUGAGGCAGCGGAUGUCACUGCCUGCGCUGAC